CUCACGAUGCCGAGCCGCGGCGGGUGAGGCGAUGCGCAGCGGCCGAGCGCGCGGCGAGGGCCGGGCGGGAGUCCGACGAUAAGAUCCGCCGUGGCGUUGGGCUCUGAUUUAAAGAACGAGGGGGGCAGACCCGAACGCGUGUUCGACCGCACCGUAGCGCCAGUGGUGCAGGCCGACUGGAGCGAUGUGGUGGCGCUGAUCCCAGCGAAGGAUGCUCCAGAGCCCGAGCGCGGUUGGACAGGCUUCGUCUGUAAACAACGAGGAAGCAGCGAGACCUUAAGUGGAGGACGCCGCAUUCACGGCGCGGACCCGAGACACCGAGGCAUCGACUGAGGUUGUUGUGACAGCUGAGUCAGCCCACAGUGACAGGAGGCCGGCCGACAGGGAGGGCAGUGGAGCCCCGAAGACGGCGUCACUGUGCGUCGGUGUGGGAGAACACAAACUUCUCAUUAUCCCCUCUGUCAUCAGCGCUGACAGCUGGACGUCUGACCGGGGUGUUUCUUCCCUACAUCGGGAGACUCUCGAAGUUAAGGAGGAAUAAAGGGAAACAGAGGCACAACUCCAGCCCGCCGUCAGAAAACAACUGUUUUUCCAUUUUUUUUGUCUAAAAACUGCUAAGACAUGAGACAUGAGAUUAACAAGAGAGUCAGCUCUCGCUUGCAGUGUCAGCUAAAUAGUUUCUCCUUUGUCAGAAUGAAUCAGUGAGAAAUUCUCGAAAGCAUUUCAGCUUUUUCACAAUGCCCAGUGUAUUUUUUCUAAGCUAUGAUCUUUCUACCUUUGUGCUGUCAUACUCUGAAUCAAGAAUAGACUCUUGAUAGUGGCAGCAUUCCUACUCACAAAUGAGAAUUCAACCCGACCUAACAGGCUGCAUUUUAAAAAAGGACAAGUGAGGACAAACCGGUAAAACAUAGAUGAGGCCAACAACAAGCAUCAUGCUCCAGCAGAAUAACAACAACAACUACCCCUGUUUGAACGUGUCAGGCUCCAACCGGGAGAUGCUCCAGAAGUGCUCCAGAGCCUCUCUGCCCUUCCCCAGCCGACUGGAGCUGGGCCUGGGAGACCUGCCUCUGAUCCGGGGUCUCCGAGCCUGGGCCCUGUGCUCCAAGAACCGCUGCAAGGCCGGCGGUCUCCUGGGAGGAGGACAGGCCCCCGCAGCGCCACCUGUAGGCCGCGGGAGCUCGACGUCCUGCCCCAGGCCGGCAGAUGUAGACCUGAGCGGGGAGUGGGGUCGCAUGGGGUACGGGCUUCCCUUGGGGCUGGAUGCCAGACAGGCAGGGAUCGGAGCUUUGGUAACAGUCGCGACUCUGAAGACCUCAGAGGGCAGCGGGAAGACACAGACUCAGUGCCUCUUCCUCCGGACUGAGAAAGGGAGCUGUUUGUACUCGACAGCUAAGCCUGGUUCCGGGGUGACUACCAGUGCGGCCUCCAGUGGGGUCGGUGGUUGGCUGAGAGGGAAGACGGGAGGAGGAGGCAGAGACACUCCAGGCAGGAGGAGGGACAAUGGGCCAACUCUGCCGGCACAGACCGGAGCAAACCGGGUUAGAGUGCGAUCAGGCCGGAGAUGGAGGAAGUCCGGUAAUACAGCAGGCCGUGAGAAAACAGGUGUGAGCAGAGAGAGGCAGCCAGGGAGCAGGGAGGAUCCUGCAGGGGAAAGACAGGAAGAGCGAGACAAAGGAGGCCUGGACAGCAAACUGUUUCCCAACCUGCAGCAGGAUGGCAAAAGAGCCAGACCGGAGAAAGAGGGAGCAUGCAGAAGUCCCAGAUGCUGCCACAAUGUUUCUCCUAAAACUUGUGCUCAGUGUGGACGGAAAGCACAGAGAAGGAAAAUCCAGGAUGAAGGCGAGGGAGGCGAAAGUCCGAGAAGAGGCGUCCCAAACAGGCUCAACGGUGAGGUGAAAGGAAUGAGGAAGGAGUGGCAAAAGAAUGAGGAGGAGGAGAAGGGAGGCCUCUGUGAGUUAGAGUCUUCUGACUCUGUUUUGGCUGUACCAAACCCUGACCUAGAAUCGAACCGCUUUCAACCACAGUCCCCCAGUGGCUGUGGCGGUGAAGAGAUUAGAGAGGCCGACAGCAGCGAGGAGCUGAAAACGCAAACCUCUCACAGCAAGGACGACUAUUCAGAGAAAGAGCAGGAGCCGAACUCUGAGAUGAUGAAAAUACAUACUGGAAACAAUGAUUUCACUCACGUCCACUCUGGACAGUUGACUAAUGACUUAAAAUCAGGACACAGCAGAAGCUUUGGUGACAGAGAACCAACUGAAAAUCAGUGUGGAGAAACAGGGGCUAAUGUAAACGGAUUUCCUGAUUUUGUGGAAGUACGUGAAGAAUCAGAGAAAGCGAUGGAGAGAGUGGAUGUUGAAGUGGAGGAAAGGAGCGUCGAUCAGACUCCUGCUGAAUUUUCACUUGUGUCAAACAUCUAUGAGGACGUCUCUGUCCCCACCCGCCCUGCCUCCAUCAGCACUGCUGUCUCCCCUGAGUCCUCCGCUCCUGUAGAGGGCAGCAUCUUCACUGGUGACCAUGAGGCUUGUUGGGUUAAGAGAGAGCAAGGGAACAGCCAAGUAGAGCACCUUGAGGGGUAUCGUCGAGGGCAGGAAGACCCGGGGAUCAUGGGUAAAGAAGAAGUGGAUCAUAGCAGAUUUGAGCCCGAAGAACCAAACUGUGCGGCUGAUGAGAACAACACUGUGAAACCUCAGGUUUUCUCUAAAAACGAGGAAAACAACAGCCAGGCGGAGGAGGGAGAAGCUUCAUCCUCACCUCUCAGACACAGACAUCCUACCGUCUUUGAGACAGACAGGGGGAUCAUAACAGACAACAGUCGCGACUGUAGGACAGUUGAGUCUGAGCGAAAAGACGAGCCAGAGCCAGAGUCAGAGGAAGGGAAAAUAGAGGAGAGACUAAAUCCUGAGGAAGGGGUCGCGGCUGAGGAGAUUUGGAGGAGGGAGUGCGCCUGCAACGAGUUGGACAAUGGCGAGGGUAAAGGUCACGACGACAAAGAAUGGCACACAAAGGAUGAGGUAGUUAGUACCUUACGGGAGGAUAAUUAUAAAGAAGUCAAGAGGAACUGUGCACCAAAAGCCAACAGGGGGCUACAGGAGUCUGCAGCCGGAUGCAGGGGAAGGAACAAAAAGGUCGGAGUCACCUGCACUGAAACAAGCAUCACGUAUGUUGGAGGAAAUGGAGAGACCAGCACUGACGUCUCUAAUGCUGCCUGUGCUGAUCCCUCCACCUCUCUCCCACUCUUCCUGGCUAAUCCCGACGCCUCUCUGCCCCCCCUGGGAUCCAUGGCAACCGGCCGGCCCUGCCUGGAGGAGGUGGGGGGGCUCGGCGCGACGGCAGGGGACGGAAGUCAGGAACGGAAGAGGAGGCCCGGGAGAGAGCUGGAGGAGCAGGGCAAGGAGGAGAGGGGCUCCACCGUGGCCACUGCGGAAGGGAGGAAGGAAGAGGAGGAGGAGGAGGAGGAUGAGUUUGGAGUCUUCAUGCAGGCGGAGGGAGAGCCGGCCUGGAGCAAGGGGUUCACCAUGUCUGCCUCAGUGCCUUGUGGGAGCAGAGAGAGUGUUGCUCUUGGAAACUCCGCCGUCACUGGGGAGUCCAGCCUCUGGACACCAGGCUGGACGGACAGCUCGUUCCACCAGUCAGACGACACCUGGACAGCCUUUCCUCAGGAUUCGUCAGACGAAGGUCGAGACGUCGUGGGCCUGUGGUGGCCGACCAGCGCUGUGGAGGAGAGGAGAGACGGGCUCUCGGCCAAUCAGAACCUGGCGGCAGUCUUCGCCGAAGCCUUCCCCUCGCCGCCUCGCUCGUCCUCAAGUGAAUCCUGUGACUUCGAUACUGUUCCCAAUCUGACCCAGCUCCUCAGGGGCAAAACCAGCCAGGACCAAGGACUGUUGGACAGUUUCCAUGACUUGAACAAAAUGAUUGGCCAGAGAUACAAGAGAGCCAGUGGUGUGUCUCGUGACCUGCUGCUGAAGACUUUACACCUGGAGCCGCCACACACUGAGAGCAGACCUGCUCCCUGGACAGCCAGCCGGCGUCCCUCCCCUGGCCUCCCCUCAGCCAAUCAGCACGCUCAGAACGCUGCCGCCAAGCGACGGCUGUCAUGUGACUACAACAGAGACAACAUGGAGUAGCUCUGCAGGCUCGGCGAUUCAUGAGCGUUCACCUGAAGAACUGCAGGUUUUUACCUGGACAGAUCAACAACGGGUUUCUCAAGACUCAACUAACACGACAUGUGUUCUGUCUGCUAGUCAAACACUGACUGACUCUUUGACUCUUUGCACACUCCCUGGUUAUUCAAGCCUAUGCCACUGAGAAGACAUAGCCCAUUAAAAAUGGAGCGUCUCACCCCGUGUUUCAGACGUCGGCUCCUCCAGCUCCUGUUGAUGUGUACCGGUGGGGUGAUUUCUUUACACAUGUGCCACCCUGUCCACCACCACCACCACCACCACCAUCCUCCCAUUUUGAUUUUCCUUAUCGCCCCUGACACCAGCUGGGCUGUCAAAAGACAUGUCCGGAGCGCGAUGCCCUGUGGUUACAAAGCACUCGCGGCCACGUUGGAGGAAGAGUCCACCCUGAUAUUUUCCUUCCUGUUAUAUUAUUAUCUGAGGGGAUUUAAGUUCUACUUUAGUCGUAACAUGUCUCUGAGGCAGAGCUGCUGCUGUGGCAAGAAAUGGUCUCAUUGAUUGAAAUUAAUCUCAGUGGCCUGAGCCAAACAAAAACAUUGACGUGCAUGGAACGAAGUUAACAAAAAUAAAAUAUCACAUCAUUUCUGCGUUUAUUCAUGACCAUGGCAUUAAGGAUUUUGGACCGUUAGCAUGCUUGCUGACUAGCGUGUCUGCAUUGAUAUAGGAAGUUACGGCUAGUGUGAACAUGCAGAGUCAGCUAGAUUCCUGCAACUUGCAAACGUUGGCCCUUUUUUUUGUGGAUACGUUUUUUUCCCCCCACGUCUCCUUCUCUUAUCUUUUGCUUCACCAAAGAGUUGUUUAACUCAACCGGUGAGAUUAUUUCUUCUUCUAGAGCAGCUCUGAGAGGGUGGGAGAAUGGAUGUUGUGUUCGUGUCACGUGGAAGUAGAAGAGAGCCGUGAGAGCAAAGCACUUUUGGGACUUAAAAGUCAUUCAAAUUGUCAGACGGUUCAAGAUGGCUCCUGCCGGUGUUACUGCCUGGUGCACGCUGAAAUAACCUUUACUCAGCACUGAGCUGCAGUUUAUGAGAUGUGGGCGUACCAAACGAGUGAGGCGUCGUGAGGGAGGCAUUCAUGUUUGCUUUUCAAGCAAUUCUGUAUCUUGCAGUGUUAAUACGAUGUAUGAUGGCAGAUGAUAUGAUGCUUCACAUGGUGUGAACAUGAUAUAAAGCUCUAGUCUACCUCCCAGAAAUUCCGUUCUGUUACAGAGGAAGAGGCAAUGACGUAAUGCUCAUUUUUCGCCGUCACUACAUUGCCCCUGGUAACUGCUGGUAAUCUUUAUUCAAAUAUGCUGUAACAGCUUUCUCCCUCCUCCUCAGCUUUCCUCCCUACAACAGAAACCUGCAGUGUGAGAUGCCGUGCGGCUGCCCGCAUACGUCUGCAGAGCUCACCGCCAGAUUCAUCCAAAUCUGAAAGCCCCUUUUCCUCCCUUUAUUGUCUAUGAAUGAUAGACUGGACAUAAAAGUAUGUCAUCAGAGUGCUGAGGAUGGGUCCAGUUGUGGUGACGUUUAAAUUUUAGGUUUACAUUUUUGCAAAGUAAUGCAUGUGCUUUCAUUAUGUAAUAGACAGAAACAAAACAGGAAAAAAAAAAAAAGACAGGUAUGAAAGGAAUGAACCUUGAAAAUAGUUCUGGUUCCUCAGAGAAACAAGCUUGUCUUCCAGUUAGUGCCAACAGGAACACCCGUGAAAGUGCCAAUGUCUACAAGGUUACAGACUCGUCACAGACACAUUCAGGAGAAAACGUCAGUGCGUCCGCUGAGGUGGACUCAAACAAAAAUUCUGGCAUGGGAUGUUUUGUUUGGUUUUGCUUUUGUGUUUCUGUCCGGCUUCCCGUCUGCCUCUGUUUCACUACACUCCUGUGAAUGCAACAUUGUUUUGAGUCCACUUCAUGGGCAAAACUUGAAUCUAGCUGCCAAUCAAAACAAUAUUUUUUGAUAUUGUUCACGUCAGUGAUGCACUGUACAUUUUUUUAAUUUAGACAUACUGUUACAUCUUAUCACCUCAGAAAGUUUAUUUUGCUUUACGUUGUAUAUUUCACUUGUCAACUCCAUCACUCGUGAUGAGAUUCACAAACAAAUCAUGUGCGUGUCUGCCAUUUGUACAAACUACGAAUUCCUGAAAAAGAAAAAGAUGAAUAUUUUCUGAUCUGAUCAAAUGAGGAAGACGGGCAUGUCGCCUUGUUAACUGAUGUAAUAAAAUGAUAUUGCGUGAUGUGUAAUGACUGCUUCCUCAGUGUUCAGUUUAAUUUUAGAUAUCCAUCAUCAGACAGGCUAAAACCUAAACUAUUUGAGACCUUUGUCUUAAACAGUUGAACAUUUUGGAAUCAAAUGACCCGUUUCAUUGUAAAUAUUCUGGAAAAAAAUCUCUUUCCAAAACACAUCUGGCUUUUUUAAAAAUGAAAUAAUAGAGAUGAAAGGCCCUGGCUAAGUCAUCAUUCAGUUGAGGUUGAAUAGAUUCACUCCACAGCCAGAGGAAGCAAUCGAUAACUCUCCCAGCGUAUAUUCGAGUAGGCGCAGUCUCCCAACUUUUUGAUCGCACCUCGUAAAUAGUUCAAAAUAGCCGCUGGGCUGGUGGAGGUCUGGUGGUCACAAGCCUAAACUUUUAGCUCGUAGGCAAACCACCAUCCCCACCCCCUGACUGUCAACACACAGAGGCAAAAGAGCAGAUCAGAUAGCGCACAUUGUGACAUUUCUUACUUCAACUUGUUUGUCAAAACAACAAGUUAGGUAACGUGUUGGGAUGUGGGCUUACAUGUAAUAAUGAAUGCAUGCUUGUGCAGCUUAGUUCACUGAUGUGAGUGAUACUGA